UAUUUAUAAAUGCAUAUAUAUAUAUAGUAGAUCAAGCGUAGAUCGUGUAACACAGCUUGCGGAGCUCGGGGGCUGCCAUCAAAAUGCAUAUUGAAAUACAAGUGGCUCUGAACUUUGUCAUUUCGUAUCUGUAUAAUAAACUGCCCCGACGUCGUGUGAACAUAUUUGGUGAGGAGCUGGAGAAGGCGCUGCGCGACAAGUUUCAAGGCCACUGGUACCCGGAGAAGCCCUUCAAGGGCUCGGCGUAUCGUUGUCUCAAAACUGGCGAUCCCAUUGACUCGGUGCUGGCGCGCGCUGCUCGCGAGAGUGGCGUGCCCAUAAGCGAUAUACUGGAGAACUUGCCCAACGAGCUGUCCGUCUGGGUGGAUCCGGGCGAGGUGUCCUAUCGCAUUGGCGAAAAGGGCGCUGUUAAGAUACUCUAUACGGAGAACAAUGAUAAUCCGGAGGAGAGCCAUUCGGCGGAUCGUGAGGUUACCAAAACGUUCAAUCCGGAGGCGCAAUGCUUUCGUCCCAUCGAUGUGGUCAAUACGACCAUGAACAAUCUGAGCUUAAGUCCCAAGGCAUUGCCGUUGCCAUUGCCAUUGCCGUUGCCAUUGCCGCUGCCGCUGCCAUUGCCAUUGCCGUCGUCGGGUUCGUCGCCACAGUCGGCCGCCUCCAGUGGGUCGCCAACCUACAAGGGCAGUCCGAAUCCCAAUGGCGGUGGCUCGAGCGGUGGCAGCAGCAAUGCCACAGCCAGCGCCACAGCCACCGCCGCUGCGACUGCCUUCGUGCAGCGCGCUGCCCAGGCACCGCUCACAUUCACCACGGCGACCUUUGCCCAGACGAAAUUCGGCAGCACCAAACUGAAGACUAGCUCCAAGCGUACCAACAGCAGCUCGUAUCGCAUGUCGCCCACUGAAUUCUCCAACUAUAUCAAGCAGCGCGCGAUGCAGCAGCAGCUGCAUCAUGGACACAGCGUUGGCGGGUCGUCGACGUCGGCAUUCGGCGGCCUGGAUGCGGUCUCGCCGGCACGUUCACUGUCGCCCAAUCCUCUGGCGCUGGGCGGCAAUCCGAGUAAUAACAGCAACGUAGCAUCGACAGCUGCAGCCGAUCCAUUUUAUUAUCCAAAUAUUACAAUGGGCCUGUAUCCGCAAUACAAUGGACAGCGUGGUCUAUUCGAGCCCCAUUUUACUGCGGAUGCGGGCAACCUUGGACUGUUUGGAGCCGGUGGAACAGCAGCAGCAGCAGCAGCAGCAGCAGCAGCAGCAGCGGCCGCCGCCAACGGUGCAGCAGCAGCAGCGGCCAGCAGCAAUAGCUUCAGUACUUACCUGGAACCAUGUUACUUUACCAAUGGUCAUGUCAAUCAGCAACAUCAUCAGCAGCAACAGCAUUUGGAGCAUGCAAACAGCAGCGAGAGCUGCUUUGGCUUGGACACGGAUUGCAGUGCCGUUGGCAUCGAGGACGCGACCAAUUCAGCUGUCGGCCUUGCUACUGGUGAAUCGUCCACGGAUAAUAGCCCAAUAGCCACGCCCACAGCUGGCAUUGCAGCGAGCCUGAAUGUGUCCAGCAGCGCUCAAGCUGUCGUCUCGACUGCCAGCCUAACGGCAGCGGCCACAAAUGGCGGCAGCAAUCAGCCGGACGGCAAUACAUCUUCUGCCAGCAAUAGCAACAAUAGCAAACUGAUUGAUGGACUGAGCUCGUUCUAUGGCAGCGGCUCCACCUACCAGCAGCUACUGGUGGCCAACUAGAACCAGCUGAAAUCGCUACGACAGCAAUUCACAAGGGACGACAAAGGAGCGCUAACCGGAAAUGCAAUAGAAACCAACAAAAAGACGAAGGCGACAAAUGUUCAAAGCAGCAGCAAAAG